AGCAGUGGUAACGUUAGAAACCAAACAAGAGCUAAAGGAGAUACUCGUGGAGAAGUGUGAUGGGGCUUUAACUCCCCUUUGUGGCGAGACAAAGGAUUGCAACACAGACCAUGAGGCCUUCGAUUUCUCAUCAAUCAGAGCAUCGGCCGCCAAUAUCUUGCCCAUUAGGAGCCAGCUACUCUACCUGAUGGGGAGAGCCGAUGAUUUACAGAACCAACUUGCUCACACGCAGGACCAACUAGAGAGGGAGCACCUCAGCUCCCUGGUGUCCACACUCCUGUCCAGCUCCAGGCCACUCUUCACUUACCUGGAGUCCAGAGCCCGGAGCAGGCUGACCCAGCAGCCGGCAGGCCCACCCCCCACCACCAGCUCCUCUACAGCAAGUGUCCCCAUUAUCACCAUAAUAAUAAUAGUAUCUUCAUUAUACCUCUCCCAGCAGCUCUGUGAGAGGUUAGAACAGUUGGUACAGAACUAUGUCAAACAGGGACUCCUCUCAGUGGAUGAGAGACAGUCAGACAGCCUGUCUGACCUCUACCUCGGCCAGUGUGUGAUAGACAGGCUGAAGGUGUCCUUGUUCCGCUACCAUGCUCCUGCGCCCUUUAUGUCCGGGGGCAGGGCCCACCCCAGCCUCUUCAAGCGCAUGCGCUGGAACGUGGAGAGGCUGUCAGAUGACCGGCUCCAUCCCCAUCACCACCUCUACCACCACCAUCGGCCUCAUCAGCAGCAGGGGGAAGGGCCAGAGGAGAGGCAGCUGGAGACAGGCGCCGACACAGAAUACUUCCUAAUGUGUUAUGAGGACAUCCCCCAAAGGGUCAGCGGAGAGGAGGGGGAGGGGCUUCCCCCUGGUGCCUCUGCAACACGGGGAUGGUCGAUUGGUCGCUGGGUUCAGACCUUCCCCGACCCUGACACAGGGGACAUCUAUGACUGGAUCCUUUGUGAGGUCCCUCAGACCAGAUACCUAAAGCUGGUCACUCUAGGCAGCGAGGAGCCAUCCGUCCGUCAUGCCACAGACGUCCUGCUGGGGCUGCUGUUUCCCCAGCAGAUUGGAGGAAAGGAUGACGUCCCUUGUUCAGAGUCAUAAGAGGAAGGUUAUCGAGUACGCGUGUUUGAGAGCAAAUUAUUUUGUGUCGAGUCAUCUCCAGGACUGCAGACAAACAAACAAAAGGGUCCACAGGGAUUUUAAGCAGGCCAUGUGUUCAUAAAUAGUAGUUGUAAAAAUGAGCAAUGUUGACGCCCUACAUUUUUUUGAAAGUGGUUCUCUGGCAGUACGUUCAGCUGAUUGUCAAGCUUUCAGUUUAACAAGUGUUAGAUGUUGUAAAAUAUGUUUUACGCACCCGUGUCAGGCUAUGCACUGUACGUUUUGUAAUCCUUUAAGUAUUUUUAUAAUCUAUUAUUGUUGCAUACAUAUUUAAAACUAUAAAAAUAGCUAAUUGCCAAAGUUGUUUGCGAUUCAUUUCCCUUGCAAAGUUAAACCCAAAACAGGGUAGAAAAAGAAUAAUUUUAUUAUGAACAUAAUUCAUUCAUAUAAUUACAUAAAAUCACAACAAAAAAUAAAUCACAGAUUCUUGUCCUUCAAAGAGCAAAAGAAAAUAUUAAAUAUCCUGAAAAAGCUGCCAGACUAUCGCCCAAGGAGGCGUCAUUCACUAAACAAGUAAAACCAGGGAUUUCAAUGUCAAGUCCCAAAAAUAAAAGCCAGAAUUCAUUUUUUCUAUUUACAUGUCAGAGUUCCCUCGCUAUGUCUGUAACGUUGUUGGACAGUACAACUCGACUAAUAUUUUCCCCUACCCAUAUCCAUAUACUAGUCUAAUCUUAUGACCUAUACCCCUUAAUACUACAUUUUAAACGUCUAUAACUGACUCUUGGGAGGCCCAACAUACCUCUAUGGUAUAAAAUGAAACGCUUAUGGUACACAAUAUAUCACAAGCAGUCCCCUUCAAUACAGUGAGUAGGCACAUUACAGUUCUACCGGCUUGAUAUUGUGCUACACAAGUAACAAACCAAACUUUUUUGUAUGCAAAUUGAAAAAGU